CUGACCGGCACAUGCUGAUGGUCAUGUGACCGCAGAGGCGGAUACACAAUCUCAGGAGAAGAGCAGAUACGGGUCAUCAUAUCAUGUCUGCUUGUUUGUUCGCGUCUGUGCUGCUGUUUUAGUAUGUCCGGGUUCAGAUAUGGACUUUAUGAGCUUUAUACAGUAGGUGAAUAUCAUUCAGCGGUGCUUACGAGCCUGUAGAUGCAGCGUCUCCGCAGGGAAGCUUUUGAUCAGUGAAGCUAUCAGUGGCAAAUUACACCCUACCAAAGCAAGCAUGGCCUCUGAUAUCAACUAUCAGGAUGGCCCAAACUUUUCCAGAAGAGCGGAGAGCCCCACUGAAGAUGAGCCCAUCCGUUCACCAGGUUCCCCACGGCACACAGAAUAUGAACGGAUCGGAGGAAGAACAGGAUCCUCGUUUUUUCAGACCAUAAUUCAUUUACUAAAAGGAAAUAUUGGCACGGGACUGCUCGGCUUGCCUCUGGCUGUCAAGAAUGCAGGACUCCUGGUGGGACCUUUAAGUCUUCUGGCCAUGGGUAUAGUGGCUGUACAUUGCAUGAGCCUCCUUGUGAAAUGUUCACAUCAUCUAAGUGUAAAGAUGGGCAAGCCCUUUCUUUCCUAUGGAGAUGCAGUGGAAUAUGGCAUGGAGAACGUGCCGUGGCUGAGCAGACACUCUAUAUGGGGAAGGCGUGUGGUAAAUUUGUUCCUCAACAUAACCCAGCUGGGCUUCUGCUGCGUGUACUUCGUGUUCCUCAGUGACAAUGUCAAACAGGUGGUUGAGACUGCCAAUGCGACAACAGUGAACUGUCACAACAACGAGACAGCAUUGAUUGUUCCCAGCUACGACUCUCGCCUCUACAUGCUCUUCUUCCUGCCCUUUGUCAUCGUGCUGGUUUUUAUCCGCAACCUCAAGUACUUGGCUCCUCUGUCGUUUGUAGCAAACAUUUCCAUGUGUGUCAGCCUGGUCCUCAUAUACUACUACUGUCUGACGAAUAUCCCAUACCCCGUCAACCUCCCACUGGUGGGAAGAGGCGUUGACUAUCCUCUCUUCUUUGGAACGGCAAUAUUCGCCUUUGAGGGAAUUGGAGUUGUGCUACCACUUGAGAAUAAGAUGCAGAAUCCCAGAAAGUUCCCCAUGGUUCUGUAUCUCGGCAUGGGCAUCGUCACCACCCUCUACAUCUCCCUGGGCACCAUUGGCUACAUUGGCUUUGGAGAGCACAUUCGAGGAAGCAUCACAUUAAACUUACCGCUGUGCUGGUUAUAUCAGAUCGUGAAGCUGCUUUACUCUUUCGGAAUCUACAUCACCUACGCUCUGCAGUUCUACGUGUCAGCAGAAAUUCUGAUCCCGCCGGCGGUGGCGCGCUGUGGUCCCAGGUGGGCGGUGAUGGUGGACCUCAGCAUCCGCGUGGCUCUCGUAGGCCUCACAUGUGCUCUCGCUGUAUUGAUCCCGGAGCUUGACCUCGUCAUCUCUCUGGUGGGCUCCGUGAGCAGCAGCGCUCUGGCCCUCAUCAUUCCUCCUCUGCUUCAGAUCAUCACCUUCCAUAAUGAAGACAUGAAGCUCUGGGUGAUAGUCAAGGACAUCAUCAUCAGUCUCAUUGGCUUUGUAGGCUUUGUGGCAGGGACGUACAUCUCCAUCCAGGAGAUCGUGGCACGUAACGGCAGCAGACACAACAGCACGCACCCUCAGCUCUUGUGAAUGUUUACAGAGUGACAGAUAAAAUGUAGGCUGUACAGACCCACUGAAUCAUUUACUCACUACAGGCUCCUUUGAUUUCUGCUGAAUUCCACUUGGGAUUCUUCUUACUGAAUGUCCGUAGAUGGCUCAUGGAUUUUUUAGAUGUUUUGUCCUUCAGUUUUUGCAGCACUGAAGUCCGUAUCGAGUUACAUGGGUUUCAGAGUACUUGUUUUAAAAUCUUUUGGGUCAAACGUAGCCAAAUUUUAAGCUGAACGUUAUCAGAAUAAUCUCUGUAUUGUUUGUCUUUGUUGUUUACAGUGUUUCAACGAACAGAUUCUCAGUAAGUAUUUUCUUUUUUUUUUUGUCACAUUCAGUUGGAUUUGUCUGGUUCACAUAUGCUGUGUACUCAUUCUGAGUGCUUGAAAUGGAAAAGAAUUGACGUGGAUAGUGAUUUCUGCUUGUAAUUGUGUAUUAGAAUUUUUAGGGCUCUUGAUUUCGAGACCAAAAUCAAAUUAUUUACUUCUGGAUAUUACACACAGACUCAUCCUAGACUUGUUUUGUAAACAUGUGGAAAAUUCAUUCGAAGUACAGAAUGUUUUAUGUUUGCACAAUUACACAAUACCCAGUACCUCUCAAUCUCAACUAAGAUCAAUGGUUCUGAAACAAUGUUAUCUGCACAAUUAAUGCUGUUUUAGUCGUUUUUAUUGAUUUACAAUUUUAAAUAUUUUUUUAUAAAUAUAUUUAAUGUUUUUUUUUUAAGUAUGUCUUAUCAACCAUCUCAUUAAAAAUGUUUUAACAGUUAGUAGAUGCCAUCUGGGACUCGUCUAGAAGAGAAAUAUUUAAUAUAACAUUCAGUUUUUUCUGUUUUUCCUGAUUGCAGCAUUAUUAUUCAAAGAUAAUCAAAGUCUUUUUUUCCCCAAUAACUAUAUAUGACCUGAUCUCAUUCACUUUAUUUUUAAAACAUAAUACUGGUACGGUUGUGUUAAAUGCUUAUUACUGAGGUACUUGAAUAUUGUUUUGUAUCAAUCUGCUGUAUAUAUUGAUGGCAGUGCCAAAAUUUUUAUUGUUGUUUUUGAUCAUUUAUUGUAUCAUAGACUAGCUUGCACUCAUUUACAGCUAUUUUAAUUGCAGUGUUAUUUGUUAUGGAUUUGUCGUUUCAUGGAUUUUUUUUUUUUUUUUUUUUGGGCCUUAUUGUACAUAUACUGUAUUUUUUGUCCAUGCUCUCCUUCUUUAAACUUGGUGAAAUUAUGUAAAGAUGAUAUUCAAAAAAAAAAAAAAAAAAAAAAUGGACAGACAUCGCAUUACUUGUUCAUUUAUUUGUUGAUUAUCAACAUGAGAGUUGCUUGGUCCACCAGUUGAGUUUCCUCAUUGUAUCUGCAGGCUGGUAUGUGCUCUGUGGUUGAAUUAAAGAAUGGAUAGCCUGUGUUGAUGUUUA